AUGCAUACUCAAGAGGAAACUCUUGAAACUAAAUCCAUAGAAGAAUUAGAACUAGAGUAUGAAGAUGAAAAAAAUUCUAUGAUAGCAAUAACGGAAACAGAAGACCUGAUCUACCAUGACUUUUACGACGAGGUAGACAACAGAAUAAAAAUUGAGAAUUCAAUGGAUAUGAUAUUCUUUGGACCGCCAAGUUCUUUUUUGCGAAUUGAUGCUGAGACGAUAUUACAUAUUUUAUUAAGUACCAAGAAAAAUUUGAUACCUAUAUCAAGAGCAUUACUAGCAUGGGAUGUGGUGACUGAUGGAAAGACAGCGGCAUUUUUACAAGGCAGAGAAUUCUUAGCAUUUGAAAAUCUUUUAAAUGUUAUACCCGAAGAAGACUUAUACUAUGUCAAUUUCGGGGAUCCAUCUGUGCUCAAGUAUUUUUCAACACAUUACGUUGAUUUAACAAAACGAAAGAUUGGGAUUUUAGCAGCAGCUUACAGGCGCUAUUAUGGUAACAGCGGGUAUAAAAGUGGUUCUCAAAUUAACGAAUUAGGAUAUUUGUUAUGCGGAUUUCCUUCGAAUGAUCUUAAGAAAAUAUCGCCAGGGACAUUUAAGGAACUUACAUUUGAUGUGCUCAGUAAAAUUAAUCGUUGUGACGUUAAGCAAAAAAAGACUUUAUAUGAAAUUGCAACUCAUUCUAAUGCUUACGGCGAGCCAUAUACGUGGUCUUCACAUGAAGUUGGUCGACUUAAUACUUUAUUUACAUGCAUUCCAAAACAAUACAUUAGUUCAAUACAAUUGGAAGCGAUCACGUCUAUCAGUCCGAACGUAAUGAAGCAAAUGAAGCAAGAUAAAUUGGAAUACUUUACAAAAGAACAAAUAUUGAGAAUGAACGUAAAAACUAGACGCAUUUAUCUUUUGCGAAUACAACUGAAAAACAGCCUCGAUACCAGUCAGAUUGCUAAGAAAUGUUUCGAAAAAAUUAGACCAAAUAUUAUUGUCUCUUUCGUGGCGUCUCUAUUACUUUAUGAAAAUAUUGCUUAAUUUUGUUUUAUUUCAUUGAGUAAAGCUUCAUUUAACUACCAUUCUAAUAUAA